AUAUAAACUAUUGGAACUGUUAUUUAAGAGAAUGUCAGCGCACUGUUUGUUUUAUUUAUCUGCCCACGCGCAGCAUACCAAACUUAUGUUCAGCAGAACAAACUAUAUUUUGUUAUUUUUAGUACUACCUAGAGUGAAUUAAUCUAUUAAACUAUAAGUUAAGGACAUUACCUGUGUCGCUACAUUAGCUAUUUUAUGAUAUUUUAAUUUUUGUAUAAGUUAUAAAUGUGUAAAUUAUUACAAUUUAAAAUGCUUAUAAAUUGCAUGAAAACAUGACACAGGUAUUCUUAAAGUUUGACUAUAGGUAAAUUUACUCUAAUAUAAAAAGUAACAAUACAGGUUUGGUUCUACUAAAAGUAAAUUUACUAUGUCGUGUUUAGUCGGAGAGAAAAGAAAUGGUGCGCUGACACCAGCGUUAAGAUUUCCAUAAUUUCAAAAUAUUCUUAUUGUACCAUUAUUUGCAAUAAGCAAUAUUUAAAAAAAAAUGUAUUAGAUAUUCUAGACACAUUGAUGUCAUUGAAGAGCACGUAAGAACUAAAACUGUGCAACAAAUGGACGGUCCAUCAUCAAAUAAUGGGCGAAGACCUACAACUUCACCAUUUAUCAAAAUCGUCGAACAGCCUGCUUCAAAAGCAUUGAGGUUUAGAUAUGAGUGUGAAGGUAGAUCAGCCGGGAGUAUACCUGGAGUUAAUAGUAGCACUGAAAAUAAAACCUACCCUACAAUUCAAAUAGUAGGUUAUAAAGGCAGGGCUGUUGUUGUAGUAUCAUGUGUUACAAAAGAUAGACCAUAUAGACCUCACCCUCAUAACCUUGUGGGACGUGAUAAUUGCAAAAAAGGAAUUUGUACUAUAGAAAUUAAUAAUGAAUCAAUGGCGGCAAGUUUUCAGAAUUUGGGAAUACAAUGUGUAAAAAGAAAAGAUAUUGACGAGGCACUCAAAGUACGAGAAGAAAUAAGAGUAGAUCCAUUUAGAACUGGAUUUUCACAUAAAGAGAACCCAACUUCAAUAGACUUAAAUGCAGUAAGGUUGUGUUUUCAAGCUUUUCUUGGCGGUACACAAAAAGGAAAAUAUAGUAUUCUUGAACCAAUUGUAUCAGAUCCAAUUUAUGAUAAAAAAGCGAUGUCGGAUUUAUCGAUAUGUAGAUUAAGUGAUGCAGCAGCUUCGGUUGUAGGUGAUAAAGAAAUCAUAUUAUUAUGUGAAAAAGUAACAAAAGAUGAUAUCCAAGUAAGAUUUUUUGAGGAAAACGAUGGUAAGUGCAUUUGGGAAGACUAUGGUGUUUUUAAAGCUUCAGAUGUACAUAAACAAGUGGCUAUUUGGUUUAAGACUCCAAAAUAUAAGACAACAGAGAUUGACAAUCCAGUUAAUGUAUGGAUUCAGUUAAAAAGACCUUCGGAUGGCAUGUGUAGUGACGCUCUCCCAUUUACGUUCACUCCGGAUUAUUCAGAUCCGGUCAUGUUGAAAAGGAAAAGACAGAAAUUAUCUAGCGAAAGUGAACUUUUGAUUCAAUUACAGAGUAACCCUAUUAGGCUUAUAGAUCAGUCAUCUAAUUUUAUUGAUGGAAUGGUUGACCAAUUGUCAAUUUCUGUACCAAUCAAAGAAGAACCAGAAACUAGUCCUAAUCCCUUUAGUGGUUUAUAUCCUAAUUCGAGCGUUCUUCAAAAUUCGCCUUCGUAUUGCUCUAAAACACCUUCACCACGUGAAUAUCAAUUCCCAAAUGAAAAUUCUACCUUAUUGUAUGGGCCGACUACAUUACUGAAUACCAAUAUUCAACUACCUACAGGAAUUCAAACUAGUGGGUGCACUAUUACAAAAGUGUGUCCUACAGUUAAUAGUCAUAAUCCAACAUCUCAAAAAUGCUCUACUUAUGCUCUACCAACUACCAUAACUACAACACCUUUACCGUGCCCAACAGAUGGCAAUAAUGAGUCUAAUCUUAUGGAAGCUACAUUAUCAUGUUUAGAUUCUAGUGACUUAAGAACCUUGUUGGGAGAUAGUGAACAUGUGUUGUCAACCAAUUUGUCUGCUAGUCUACAUUUAACAGAAAAUAGUGUUCGUGGAGAGUCCAAUCAAGAAAUAGUAGUCCAAGACAAUAUAAAUAUGUCUGACAGUUUUGAUAGAAUUGCUGAUAACACUCUUAAAGAAUUCUGUGAGUUUUACACAAAACGUAAUUAAUUGUUGUUAGUUAAAAAUAUAUAAUUUAUGAUUUUGUUAGGUAAAAUAUUAUAUAUAAUAUACACUGUUUUUCUUUUUACAAUAUUUCUAUACAAAUUUUAUCCAUUUGACAUCUUUUUUUGUAAAUAAACUAUCAAAUGUUUGCAAUUGAAGAAUGGACAUCUGUUGAAAAUAAUAUAUACAAUAAAAUGUUGACCAAUCCAAA